UCAAGGAUAACAACCAAGUGUCCAAAUUAUCUCAUCAGACCGAGAGAGAGGUAUAUGUGUGCAUGCUCAUGUUUCAGCUCAGAGCCCUUUGUCUAGAAGGCUCUUGAACUCAGAGGUCCAGGCACUAUCAACUUUGCAGUGGAGCCAUCACUUUUGUUGAUCAAUGAAAUUGACAUAAUGUUUUUUUUUUGUUUUUUUUUUAAGCAUCAACCAUGUGCCUCAAGCUAACUGUCAAGAACAGCGUGCUUCAGUUGGCUGGAAUGAGCAAUUCAACUUGUGGAGGAAUGAGAAAUGUUAGCGUUGAGACAAGAAACAUAAACCCCAGGGACAGCAAGGCCGAGGAGAAUGGCUCUGACAGCUUCAUGCACUCCAUGGACCCACAGCUGGAGCAGCAAAUGGAAACCACGCAGAACCUGGUGGACUCCUACAUGGCCAUUGUCAACAAGACCCUGUGGGACCUCAUGACCAAGGAGUUCAUAUUAUCAGAGUUGCUGUCCAACCUGUACUUGCAUGGGAACCAGAACACACUGAUGGAGGAGUUGGCAGAGCAGGCACAGUGGCGGGAUGAGAUGCUGCGCAUUCACCACGUGCUGAAGGAGGCGCUCAGCAUCAUCGGUGACACCAACACAACCACCAUCAGCGUGCACAUGGGGGCCCGUGGGCAACUCCUGGCUGCAGGUGCAGAGCAUCCUUGCCAGAUGCAGGAGGAAGGACCCAGCCUCACCUAUGUGACCUGCAAGCCCCAACAAGAUGAGGCUCCCCUCUUAGACUUACAAGUCUGUAGCCAGUGGCUUCCAGCUGCCUGCCCUCCCUGCCUCCCCCAGGGUCCCUUCAGAGGGUCCUGGGCUUUCUGACCACCCAGAGGGGGUUCCGGCGAUCACUCCAGCCAUCCAUCCCAUUUAGCUUCAUCAUCCUUUUUCAAGCAGUGUUCCUUCUGUCAGGCCUGGUGGCUGUUGCGUUGGGCUCCCCAAGGUGAGAGGUGGCCCCGGACCAGUUGGUUGGAAGACAGCUUGGAAGACAGCUUGGAAGACAAGUUGGUUGGUGAUCAGAGAAGAGGGAAGCCCAAGGGGGUCGAGCAUUGGUCUGACCUGUGGGUGCACUGCCUGAGUGCAAUGGAAGAGGCCAGCAUGUGUGGGGUGAGGAGGGCCGCCGCAGCCCCCAGGCACUACCUGUGAAGCUCCGGCUCCUCCCUCCAUCUUCCUCCCCUUUCCCUUCCAGCCCCUCUUUUCCAGGAACCUUGCCACACCCUCACCUGCACCCUCCCCUCCCUGGCCCUCCCACAGCUGCUGUGGCACACCUGUGCUCUGCACUUGCCUCAGAGCUCUCUGCUCCCUUUUCUCUCUCCUGCUUUCUCUCUGCUUUCUCUUCAACUGCCAGCCGAUCGGGUCAGGCAAGUCCAUCCCAUCCUGGGAGCCCCAGGCCCCCC